AUGUGGCUGCCAGGAACCGCUGCUGGUGUGCCAGACCUCCUGGGGGCCGUCUGCCCGACUGCCCCUGACUCCGGCAGCGGGGUCCCCGAUGGCAGUGGGCACCUCCCCGUGAAACCUGCCAAGCUGGACGCCACAGCUCUGCACGACGACACUUUGGCCAACUCUGUGCCCCCUUCGGAGGCGUGCAACCAUGCAGUCCUAGGCUGCAGCCCGGGCAUCCCUGAGGAACACUAUGUAAGCGAGGCUGUGGAAGAUGCUCCCGGCUGCAGAGGGUACCGGGAUGCCUGCACCAUCACUGACGUGUGCAACAGCACUGACCUUCCGGAAGUUGAGAUCAUCAGCCUGCUGGAGGAGCAGCUGCCCCAUUACAAGCUAAGAGCUGAUACCAUCUACGGUUAUGACCACGACGACUGGCUCCAUACACCCCUCAUUUCUCCAGAUGCCAACAUUGACCUCACGACUGAGCAGAUUGAGGAGACGCUGAAGUACUUCCUUUUAUGUGCUGAAAGAGUUGGCCAGAUGACUAAGACAUAUAAUGACAUAGAUUCUGUAACUCGGCUUCUUGAGGAGAAAGAGCGGGAUCUAGAGUUGGCUGCUCGGAUCGGCCAGUCGUUGUUGAAGAAGAACAAGACACUAACCGAGAGGAAUGAGCUGCUGGAGGAGCAGGUGGAACACAUCAGGGAGGAGGUGUCACAGCUCCGGCACGAACUGUCCAUGAAGGAUGAGCUGCUUCAGUUCUACACCAGCGCCGCAGAGGAGAGCGAGCCGGAGUCUGUGUGCUCCACCCCGUUGAAGAGGAAUGAGUCAUCCUCCUCCGUCCAGAAUUACUUCCAUCUGGAUUCUCUCCAGAAGAAGCUGAAAGACCUUGAAGAGGAGAACGUUGUACUUCGAUCAGAGGCCUGCCAGCUGAAGACGGAGACCAUUACCUAUGAAGAAAAGGAGCAGCAGCUGGUCAACGACUGCGUGAAGGAGCUGAGGGAUGCCAACGUGCAGAUUGCCAGUAUCUCGGAGGAACUGGCCAAGAAGACGGAAGAUGCUGCCCGCCAGCAGGAGGAGAUCACACACCUGCUCUCCCAAAUAGUUGAUUUGCAGAAGAAGGCAAAAGCUUGUGCAGUGGAAAAUGAAGAACUUGUCCAACACCUGGGGGCCGCCAAGGAUGCCCAGCGGCAGCUCACAGCCGAGCUGCGCGAGCUGGAGGACAAGUACGCCGAGUGCAUGGAGAUGCUCCACGAGGCGCAGGAAGAGCUCAAGAACCUCCGGAACAAGACCAUGCCCAACACCACGUCCAGGCGCUACCACUCGCUGGGCCUGUUUCCCAUGGACUCCUUGGCGGCGGAGAUCGAGGGAACCAUGCGCAAGGAGCUGCAGCUGGAAGAGCCCGAGUCGCCAGACAUCGCUCACCAGAAGCGAGUGUUUGAGACCGUAAGAAACAUCAAUCAGGUCGUCAAGCAGAGGUCUCUGACCCCAUCCCCCAUGAACAUCCCUGGCUCCAACCAGUCCUCGGCCAUGAACUCCCUCCUGUCCAGCUGUGUCAGCACCCCCCGGUCCAGCUUCUAUGGCAGCGACGUCGGCAACGUUGUCCUUGACAACAAGACCAACAGCAUCAUCCUGGAAGCAGAGUCAGCAGACCUGGGAAACGAGGAGCGCAGCAAGAAGCCGGGCACGCCGGGCACCCCGGGCUCUCACGACCUGGAGACGGCGCUGCGGCGGCUGUCCCUCCGCCGGGAGAACUACCUCUCGGAGAGGAGGUUCUUCGAGGAGGAGCAGGAGCGGAAGCUCAGGGAGCUGGCGGAGAAGGGCGAGCUGCUCAGCGGCUCCCUGACGCCCACCGAGAGCAUCAUGUCCCUGGGCACGCACUCGCGCUUCUCGGAGUUCACCGGCUUCUCUGGCAUGUCGUUCAGCAGCCGCUCCUACCUGCCCGAGAAGCUGCAGAUCGUCAAGCCGCUGGAAGGUUCUGCCACCCUUCACCACUGGCAGCAGUUGGCCCAGCCUCACCUCGGGGGCAUCCUGGACCCCCGGCCUGGUGUGGUCACCAAGGGCUUCCGGACGCUGGACGUUGACCUGGACGAAGUGUACUGCCUUAACGACUUCGAAGAAGAUGAUACAGGUGACCACAUUUCCCUCCCGGGCCUAGCUGCCUCCACGCCACUUCAGCACCCAGAGACCUCAGGUGAGAGGUCCCGAGCAUGCGUGACUGUCUCAGGCAGCAGAAGUUACCCGAGCCGGCCUCAGGCUUUCCCAGAGGAGAUGCAGGAGCCGCCAGCGGCCGAGGAGGAGGAGGGGUCUGCCCACCACCCUGGGAAGUGCAUGUCACAGACAAACUCCACCUUCACCUUCACCACCUGUCGCAUCCUGCAUCCUUCAGACGAGCUCACACGGGUCACGCCAAGGAGGGGGCCCUGCUCCACUCAUUCCAAGGACCUGCUCCAGAGCCCAUCCCCUUCCUCCCCUUUCCCGAAGUUGGUGCUUUGUCCAAGCCUUAACUCGGCCCCGACUCCAGCUUGUGGCGGCACCAGCCACUUGAAGUCCACACCGGUGGCCACGCCGUGCACACCGCGGAGACUGAGCCUGGCCGAAUCCUUCACUAACGUCCGUGAGUCCACGACCACCAUGAGCACAUCCCUGGGGCUGGUGUGGCUGCUGAAGGAGCGGGGCAUUUCUGCGGCUGUGUACGACCCCCAGAGCUGGGACAGGGCUGGCCGGGGCUCUCUUCUGCACUCCUACACCCCCAGGAUGGCCGUGAUCCCCUCUACCCCGCCCAACUCACCUAUGCAGUCGCCCACGUCUUCCCCGCCCUCCUUCGAGUUCAAGUGCACGAGCCCUCCCUACGACAACUUCCUGGCUUCCAAGCCAGCCAGCUCCAUCCUGAGGGAGGUGAGGGAGAAGAAGCCUGUCCGGAGCAGCGAGAGCCAGACCGACGUGUCUGUUUCCAACCUUAACCUCGUGGACAAAGUCAGGAGGUUUGGUGUGGCCAAAGUGGUGAACUCGGGGCGAGCCCACGUCCCCACCUUGACUGAGGACCAGGGACCUCUCCUCUGUGGGCCCCCGGGCCCCACGCAGGCCCUUGUCCCCGGAGGCCUGGUACCCGAGGGCCUGCCCCUUGGAUGCCCCACUGUCACCAGCCCCAUCGGUGGGCUCCAGCUCAACAGUGGCAUCCGACGGAACCGCAGCUUCCCCACCAUGGUGGGGUCCAGCAUGCAGAUGAAAGCCCCCGUGACGCUCACCUCGGGCAUCUUGAUGGGUGCUAAACUCCCCAAACAAACUAGCCUACGGUGAGGCUGGGAGAAGGCCCUUCCCCUAGAGGAAACCAGUCUUGCUCCCCCGUCCCUCUCCUUCCCCCUUCACUGUGCACGCUUCCUCUGCUCUCCUCUGUCCACCCCCUCCUGAGCUAGACAAAUCAACCUCGUGCCUAAUGGGGGCAGAGUGGAGACUCUGUAAAAUGUGUACAUAGGACCGGGAGACCUGUAUCUGCCCUGCCCUUCCUUCGAAUCCCACGGGAAGCACCCCAGCACCGACAUCGCUCUCUUGAGGACUUGGCCCGUGCUGGCCGGGGGCAGGGGCAGCCCGGGGUCUUUCCUCCUUCUUUCCUUUGAGAAGCACUGAAACCCCCAUGUGUGUUCUUAUCCCAUGGAUAGGAAACCAGUGAAUCUGUGGCUGGCUGCCGGAGCCACACAUCCUGAGCUGUCACGUAGCACAGUGGCUGUGCCGCCUGGUGUCACCGGGCACCUCGUCUCACCCUCCCUGUAAGAGCGUAAGGGGCCUCCGUCCGCUGCCACGUGCAGCUGCUGUAGCUUUCACGAUGGGAGAGCUGUUCUUUCUUUCUUGGGUCCCAGCUUCUUCAAGACCUUCACUGCUCGGCCCCCACGGACGGUCGCUUCUUUUCUUGAGCUCUGACUUUUUCUUCUCAUGCCUUCAACCUGAAUUCAUCCCUCCAUGUUUUGUCAUCCACUGUCGGGCCAGACGUCUGACCUGACAGAGAAUGUAUUUACACUCCUGCUGCACCGUUUGGCAGCCCCUGUGUGUUCUGUGUGAUUUGUUUUAUUUUUCUGCGUUUUUUUUUUUUUUUAAUAUAUGCAGGGAAGUAAUGGUACUAGAUGGGAAGUCGCAGUGAAUGUUCUCUCUGUGGUUCUGUGACACCAAAAUACAAGUUUCAGACACACCAAGCUGCUAAUGAGUUAGCAGCUUAUUUCUGGGACCCAGUGUCACAACCAAAUUAAGACCAGACCCAAGGCGAUUUUAACAAUAGGAUCGUAAGGAAAGGGGGUUGGGGAAAGGUGAUGGAUGAAAUGUGUCAACAGUAAAAGUAAAAGAGAAGAACCACGGCCAAAGGUAACAUCAAACUGGUUCACAGAGAAAUGAGGCUUUGGCGGUCCUCUCGUUCUGGUCCUUGUUCUGGACCCUAGACUGGUGAGCAUGCUUUCACGUCUGUGGUCUUCUUCUGCAGCCGUUUGAUGCCCUCAAAACACGUUUUGCCCUCUUGUUUCAGAACAGAGUGGUCCCAAAAAGCCCUUUGUGUCCUUGUGCCACAUUUUAUCCUUAGGAAAAGGUAGAAGUGUUGUGAGAAGAACCAUGAACAAACAGGGAGUCUGGUCCCAUCGCUGUCACUGACUAAGUUUCAAACUUUUAUUUAUUAUUUGUCUGUGCUGUAUUUUAAACAUCUGUCCUCUCCAGCUCGGUCGCAGUGCGCCUGUGGCUUUCCAAUCCAAGCAGGUCAUUUAUUUAUUCUGAUCUGAGGACUGCACUGCACAUCACGGUGCUCUGUGGCCAUUUGUUCCAGACACUUAUGGAAGGAUAACAUCAUAUGAAAAUGAAAUCGUCAUUUUGUACCCCCCCAUUACCCUCCUCCCACCACCCUUGGCAAAAGACGUAUCCUUCAAUUGAGUGAGUGUGACCUUAUGUCCACUGAAGAUAUUUUGAGAAAGUCCCCAGGAGCAAGCUUCGGUCCCAUGAUUUCAUACUAUUUAUUCUCUGAACACGAGGGUGUUGGUUAAUUGUGUUUUCAACUCUCCUCGCUGUGGUAUGUAUGCACUCACUGCAAGGAACUUAUAUCUUUUUAUUUGAAUGUAUUUUAAAGCAGUAGGUAGAAUAACAAAGGAAUAUGAAAACCAUGGAUGGAACGGACCAUUUUAUGUAUUCAAAGAGAGGAGCCACCCAUCAUCACAAAGGAAAUACCCGUGUGAAAAUCAACAAUUCGGAGGUUGCAGUAUUUAGUAUAGUUAAUAAAUGAUGAACAUUAUGCACCCACUACCAAAAAGUGUGUUGUAAUGCAUCCAAAAUCAACAAUUAAAUUUUAUUUGCUAAUGAGUACCAAUAAAAUAAGUUCAAAUGAUGGAAACCACA